AUCCCAACUUUCUCACCUUGACGGGAACGGAGCGCUCCCGAUGUGUCCCCUCCCGCCGCCCUCCCUGCCGGCCCAGCCUCCCCAGGAGGGCCGUCCGACGGGCCGGGCUCGCCUCGCCAGCUGCCCCCUGUCCCUCUAGGAGGAGAAACCCGAGUAGGGGGGUGUCCCUGGGCACAGUCCCCUCGGUCCCCGCCGCCCGGGGCCGGGCUUGAUGCGGCUGCCAUGGGGCUCGGGGCUCCCCUCGGACCGUGCCUGCUGCGGGCAGGGCUGCUGCUCGCCCUCUGCCCCGCCGCCGCCAGCACCUGGAUGUGGCUGGGCAUCGCCGCCGCCGGCGGGCCCGAGAAGCCGGGCUGCGCCAGCCCUCCGCUGAGCCGCCGGCAGCAGGAGCUGUGCGAGCAGAAGCCGGAGCUGAUGCCCGCGAUCCGGGAGGGAGCGCGCCUGGGGCUCCAGGAGUGCCGCAGCCAGUUCCGACACGAGCGCUGGGACUGCCGCUCGCCGCCCGCCGCCCGCCGCGGCCCCGCCGCCCUCGGGCAGCAGCUCAGCAGCGGCACGAAGGAGACGGCGUUCGUGUCGGCAGUGACGGCGGCGGGGCUGGUGCACUCGGUGACACGGUCGUGCAGCGCUGGGAACAUGACCGAGUGCUCCUGCGAUGUCACCCUGCGGCACGGCGGCUCGGCCAGCGAGGGCUGGCACUGGGGCGGCUGCUCCGACGACAUCCACUAUGGAAUGGCCUUCAGCAGGACCUUCCUGGACCUGCCUUUCAAGAACAUAACAGGCAAGAGCGGACUGGCGGCGAUGAACCUGCACAACAACGAGGCUGGGAGGCAGGCUGUAGCAAAGCUGAUGUCUGUGGAUUGCCGUUGUCAUGGUGUUUCUGGGUCCUGUGCUGUGAAAACUUGUUGGAAAACCAUGUCAUCCUUUGAAAAGAUUGGCCGCUUUUUAAAGGACAAGUAUGAAAACAGCAUACAAAUAUCAGACAGACUGAAAAAAAAGCUGCGCAGGAAAGAGAAAAGCCAGAGGAAAAUACCAAUCGGGAAAGAGGACCUGCUGUAUGUGAACAAAUCACCCAAUUACUGCGUCGAAGACCAAAGACUGGGGAUCCCUGGCACUCAGGGCAGAGAAUGUAACCGCACCUCGCAGGGGCCCGAGGGCUGUAACCUGCUGUGCUGUGGGCGCGGGUACAACACCCACGUCGUCAGGCACGUGGAAAGGUGCGAGUGCAAGUUUGUCUGGUGCUGCUAUGUGCGCUGCAGGAGGUGCGAGACCAUGACCGACGUACACACCUGCAAGUAAGAUGAAGUACAGGAAACCUGGCCAGACCAUCCAUGCUGUGUGGUGCACUGGGGCAGCAAUCACUGUUACCGUAUGGGAUUUCAGAGGGAUCGGCCUCAGGGGGAACAGGUACUGCCGGACAACGGGGAGCCCAAGCAUGCCGCGACCGAAACAGCUGAGCAAACACCAGGCUGCAUGCAGGGACAGCUUAGACAGCAAAAAAGGACUCCUGAUGACACAUUUGAACGUGUUACUCCAUGAACAGGGACAGAUGCUAAACUUUUCAAGCGUUCAAUAGACACGGUGUCCUGAAGAUCCAUGUGGUGGGUAGGUACAGUGGAGAAAUAUCAAGAUCUCAUUGAGCCAGAGACAGAAGAGUUAAGAGAGUUUGCAAGACACAUUGGAUAUAGUCCUUAUGUCUGUGCUUUUAAAACUGGGACUAGAUGGAUCCACUACAUAGUUAAUUUUUGCAGACUUCAGAAAAACCCACAAAGGUAGGGAAGGAGUUCAGCUGUUGACCACAAAGCAUUUGCUUUGCAGCCGUUCAGAAAACUGCCUUCUGCAUAAUGUGCAGGAAAGUGUUGGGAAGUGAGGAACAUGUGUGACUGCAGAGAGCUCAGCAGUGUCUGCUGGAAAAGGAGGGUCAAGUGGUGCCCAGGGGAGAGAGGCAGCAGAAUGUGAAUGGGGUACCAAAUAGCAAUUUCAGGAUUUUUAACAUGUUGUCCUUCAAACAUGCAAGGGAUAAGUCUGCAUAGGGACCAGUUUGACAUUUGAAGGAAAUAAAAUCCUCUGCAGGCAUUUCCCGAGUAUCUGAGCACAUGUUCUGUAAGUCAGCUGGUUGUCACCCCACUCUUGAAUUCUAUGCAAUAACCUGCUGCAUUCAACAAUCUCACUGGUGGUUCACCAUCGUUAUCAAAAUUUAACACAUGAGAUUUAGACCAAAGGAAUCUGCCAUAAAGCAAAGGAUUUUUUAAAACAUAUUUUCUGUAUAGAAUCAGCAGCUAGAAUUUUUCAUUAGGUUGCAUCCUCAGUAAGUUCAAUGCACAAAGUAAUUUAUAGAUUGACUCACACCACUAAAAUAUUUAAACUGUUAAUGAUAACAUUUUCUCUGUCUCCAUAUGUUGGCUUAAUUUUAUUUUACAUCUGUGAAAGAUUGUUUAUUUUUAUGCAGCGAUUUAAUGCCUGGCUUAAAAAGCAUCAUGUGAAAGGAUUACUGUUGUUUAAUUGUGCAAAGAACUAUUUUUGAUAAGACAAGAAAGUUUAUAUUUUGUAAAUAUUUAAAUUAUGCAAGUUAUGUAAAAGGUUUCCAAAACUAAUGUGAUAAGACUACAGCCCUUGAGAUUUGUUGGUUAGAUAUUUGUUGAUAUUGUAGUAGCCUUUAAUUGAUUUUUAUUUGCAUGUGCUGGGGGAAAUGAGUCAGAGAACUGCAUAAAUGUUAGGGGUUUUUACCAUCAGGGUGGUUAUAACUAUUGCAGUUCAUACACACUGAUGAGAAACACUAUGACUUUGUAAAUGAUCAGUUAAUUAGUAUUAUGCAUACUUUCCUUUUCAUUAUUCUCUUAAAUACAUUUUACAAACAUUGAAAUCCCAGGUCCAGCAGUAAGUUGUCCCACUGAAAUCAAGGGAACUUGGAAGGGUUUGCAAUCCCUUUUCUUCUUUCACACUAACAGCCAGUUUUUAGAAACUUGGGACAGUUUGGCUGGGGCUUUCAAAGUUACUUUGAAGAAUUAAUUUCCUAGUUGUCAGUUAUUUUUCCUGGAAAGAUGGUACCCAGAUUCUGAACUGUCACUCUUUAUUGGAUGUGUAGGUCAGGAAGAAGGAAACAAAAUCUUCUGUGUUGUGGUAUUUCAUUGCCUUUAUGUGGAUUAUCAUAGGAACAUCAGUUCAGCAACAGUGGAGUCCAUUAUCUGCUAUUUGGACCUUUACUCCACAUUGGCCAGUCCAUCUCCAUUGGCCUGACCAAAUUAUUAUCUUGGGACCACAAAAUCUGCUGUCUUUGGGAAGGGUGCUCAGCAUGCCUCACUGACACAGGAGGUUUCAACACCUUCUCUGUGAAAACUUGGUAGGGAGAACAUAUAAUGGUGGAAGACCCUGAAAAGAAAGUUGUGACCCCAGGCUGUUUCCACAUGAAAACAAACCCACAGGUUCCUCAAGCUGUGCCACAGGACUGACUGGCAGCAAGGAUGGAAGAUGACAAAAAAGUCCAGACAGAACAGUAUCAUACUCUCUGCUGAGACCAUAUUUGGGAUAAUACAAUUUUGACCACUUAAAUAACCUUGAAAUAUUAUUUGAA